AUGUUCCCGCUGCCAAUGUUCACACCGGACCAGGUCGCUCGGGUCUGCGAGAACCUGGAGGAGACCGGGGAUAUCGAGCGGCUGGGCAGGUUCCUGUGGUCCCUCCCGGCCGCCGUACCCGGCUCAGCCGGCGAGGCGCUGAACAGACACGAGUCCGUGAUGCGAGCGCGAGCGCUUGUGGCGUUCCACGGAGGAAACUUUGACGCUCUGUAUCAGAUCCUGCAGAGCUACAGGUUCACACGAGAGUCUCACGCCAAACUGCAGGACCUGUGGCUGGACGCGCACUACAGAGAGGCCGAGAGGCUGAGGGGGAGGCCGCUGGGUCCCGUGGAGAAGUACCGGAUCCGUAAGAAGUUCCCCCUUCCCCGAACAAUCUGGGACGGAGAACAGAAGACCCACUGCUUCAAGGAAAGAACCCGCAGCUUGUUAAGAGAGUGGUACCUCCAAGACCCCUACCCAAACCCCUCCAGGAAACGCCACCUCGCCCAGGCCACAGGACUCACACCCACGCAGGUUGGCAACUGGUUCAAGAACCGCCGACAGAGAGACCGCGCUGCAUCUGCAAAGAACAGACUGCAGCAGGAUUCGUCCCUCCUGCCAUCUGAGAGCUCCCUUGACGGCUCCCACCAGGAGCGUCGCCAUCACCCCCACUUGUUGCCUCCCUCCCCUCGCCACCUGGGCAGCCCCGAGGCCAGCGACUGCAGCACAGAGAACGAGCGCCGAGGAACGGGAGCCUCAACCCCAGAGAUCUCCGUCAGCAGUGACAGCGAAUUUGAGUCUUGAGACUCUUUUCAAGGACAGAACCCUCAAGCGCCUGUCCUCGGACUUUUCAUAAAGACACUUGGAUUGUGGGUGGCUGCGAACACGCCGGAGGUGUUCUCAGUGGGAGGAGGAUGACGAUGGGGCUAUUUGAUGUGGCUCUGAGUGGACUUUUAUAA